UUCUUUCUCCCUGCCUCCUUCUUCCUCACGGUGGCAGCUGGGAGCUCAGCUCUUCUCCCAUGGAGCUCGGCACCUCCCGCGGCAAGGAAUCCCCUGGCGUCCAGGUUCCCUGCAGCCUCUCUCCUCUCCGUUCACAGGCGCAGGGAGCAGCAGCGGCUCCAUCUCCCUGGCUUCUUCCCCCACGCGCAGCGAGGGGCCUUCUUCCCCAGCGCAGGGAGCUCGGCUCCUCCUCUCCUCCCAUGGCCGUCGAGCUCCUGUCCAUGGCGUCCUGCUUCCUCCCAUGGCGCAGGAGAUGCCCCAGCGAGCUCCCUUCCCUUCCCCAUGGCUCGAGCUCGAGUUUCCUCAUGGCGCUGCCUCCCUGUCCAUGGCGACGCAGCAGCUCCCUCCCAUGGCGCCCUCUGCUCUUCCUCCUUGGUGCCUAGAAAUUGCAGCAGCAUCUCCCUCCCCCAAACUGCUCUUGCCAUGGCCGAUUCUUCCCUGCGCCCUACUCUCCCAUGGAAAUCCAGCAAGAGCUCCAUUUCCUCCAUGGCCGGCGCCCCGCACAGCGCCUCUGCGUGACUCUCCCUCCCCAAACAGCGAGCCCCCUUCCUCGCUGCUCGUCGUGGUGCCCGCCGGCUGUUCGGCAAAAUGCACAGCAAGCCGUGCGCUGCAGCAGCCCUCUAGUUCAUUCUCCACUUCCCCGUCGCGAGUCAUCGCUCUCGUGUUUGCUGCGCAGCGAACAGCACGUCGGGAUGCCCGCCGGGUGUUUGCUGUUUUGCGCAGCCCCGUUGUCGUCGUCGUUCACCCCGGAGAUAACCCCGUGUUUUGCGUGGAGAAGGCAAGCCGCUCGACGCUCGUCGAUGUCGUAGCGAUGCACAAAUCGGAAUCACCGUCGUUCUUGCAAACGCCGAUUGGGUUUGUUUAUGGACCGAGAGAUGAUGAUCGAGCUAGUGAUGUGGUGCCAACCACAAGCUGCAGAUGGUGGACAACCUAAGGAAGGAUGGGCAUAACCAGUAGAUGCUCGUCAAGCGAGUACCUCCCCCAGCAAACACUAUCUAAGUGUUAAAUUAAAGGCAAGCCCCGGUUUUAUGCA